AUGCGGCCAUCCAAUAUACUCCCGACCGUCCUCGCCCUCGUGGCAACAGGCGUUUCAGCCGUGCCGCACGUUAAGCGCGAGCUGCUCGCCUAUCGAAGCUGGGAUCUACGACUUCUCAGCGUCGCCAUCCCCACCUGCGACGUCGACACCUCAAACCUCGAUUAUAGCAUCUUGCAUCGGUAUGGUGCGUUCAAUCGAGACUGCGAAGCAUUAGAUACAACGGAGUACAACGCUACAAACGUCAAAAGCUUGUCCUGGAAGAGCCCCAGCGAGGAUGACUGGCACGACCUCUGCAUGUGGAGCACAGCCGACUGCUCCGGCGGGGCGGCGAGUCUUCUGGGAAGCAUUACGAGUAGCUGGGAGAUGUGCUAUCCAUACAAUGGCUGGGUUGGAUUCACCGUGGUGGACCACGGCGCGUCCUGUGUUUAG